UUCGCCUUUCAGUGUGGCGAGAAACGUCGUUCCCAGCACAAGCACACAACAAAGCUUUGCAUCACAGAGCGGAGGAACGAGAAAAGAUACGAAGACUAGCCACACGCAAUCCGCAGCGAUAAUGGGUUGGUGGAGCAAGAAGAGUGAGACGGAUCGCUGCCAGCCCAGCCAGGCGCUGGCGUUGCAGGACCCGCGCACGCGCGUCAAGACCACCAGUGCCGCCACAGAGACAACUAACACGGCUGUGCAGAACUCAACCAUCACGGACAGCAACAAACAGACGGUCACCUUUCUCUCCACCCGGCAGACGGUGACGCACACACAGCGGGCGUUUAUCACGGAGACGACGACGCGUCGAACACCCAGUCAGGCGGAGCUGGAGGCCCUUUUCGCCCAAAUGAGAAUGGGUGGCGAGGGAGCCACCGGCACUACCACCACCACAACAACAACCACCUCGCGUUCCCGGCCCCCCAGCCUAAACGGUGUCUCCUUCCGCUCCACACAGCCCUUCAAGGCCACGGCCAGCAACGCCGGGAAACGGUCGAGCACGUUGGUCAAGACUGAACAGACGACGGUGACCAAAAAGAACGGGCAAAAGGUCACCCAGCACCUAGAGACGCAUCGCGUGGACCUCAAGGGCAUGGGUAGCAAGCCUGCCUGGUCACCGUUUGCCUCCUCGGCCAACAGCUCGGCCUCCUCCUACGUCUCGCCAUACGCCCAGAAGCCGAGCCUGGCCAUCACCUACACAUCUCCAUACGCCAAGGGCCCAGGAACCGCUAGCUCAAGUGCCAGUUCUGUUAAGAGUCUGUCCAGUGCUAGUACUCCCAAGCCCUCGCCGCCCAGCUCUUCUUUCACAAGUUUCUUUAAGCCAGCGCCCAAGCCAGCUGACAAGCCAUUGACCUCAACUGCGGCGCCUAGGCCCUACAUCAGCCUAAGCUCCUCAGCGACCAAGCCCAAGGCUACAGCUACAGCUCCCAGUACCCGCACCCUCGACGCGCAGGGCAAUAGUGCUGCCAGCCUGGGAACUUCCAAGUCAAGCCUGUCCAAGAUCAAGCUUAAGCCCGCCAGAGUGUAUAUCUUUAACCACGAGCGCUUUGACAGCAAGAACGAGUUCCGCACCGGAAGUGCCCAGGAUGUGAAGGUCCUGCGCGCCACCUUUGAGCAGCUGAAGUGCAAAGUUGAGGUCAUUAACGACGCCACUCUGAAUACCAUUAAGCGGACGGUGGAGAUGCUGGAACGCAAGGACUUUCAGGACAAGAGCGCACUGGUCCUUGUGAUUCUCACCCAUGGAACGCGGCACGACAGACUCGCAGCAAGGGAUGACGAUUACUCUCUGGACUACGACGUUCUCUUCCCACUCCUGCGCAAUCGGACGCUUAAGGACAAGCCUAAGCUGCUGUUCGUCCAAGCCUGCAAGGGGGCCAACGAACUGGGUGGCUUUAUGACAGAUGCAGCACAACCCAACGGGUCUCCCAACGAGAUCCUUAAGUGCUACAGCACCUACGAGGGAUAUGUUUCCUACCGCACGGAGGAUGGCACUCCCUUUAUUCAGACGCUGUGCGAAGCUCUUAACCGAUCGGGCAAGACCUCAGACAUCGACACCAUAAUGACGAACGUGCGGCGCGUUGUCAAAUCGCAAACCAAAGACGGUCAAAUCCCAUCUGUAACCAGUACCCUCACCUCUAAGUACGUUUUUGGAGACUACAUCUGAACCGUCAUAGUAUUUUUCAACAUACUCUUCCUCAACCUAAGGCAUGUUUUUAAGUGACCAGAUGUAAAAGCAGUGGCGUAACUAUAGGGUGGCAGAGGUGGCCAAAUGCCACGGGCCCCCGACCCAAGAGGGCCCCGGCUCAAGAGGCCGAUUUUGUUCUAUGUGUUAUAAGAACCUGUGUAUUUUAUUUGAAUUGAUAAUAUAAAUAUACAUAUUUUAAGUUCUGGAUCUAUAUAAAUGUAUACAGUGUCGGAUAACUAACUACUUAAGGGGGCUUCUCAUGUAAAAUUUAAAAAAAACGAUUUUUUUUUCAUAGAUCGAUAGAAUAACGUCUUGAGAGUAUAUUCCCGAAGUUUUAUGACUCAACUCUCAAUAUUAUGGAAAAUGUGAGUGAUCGAACGAGCGCGCAAACAAGUUCAAGACCCACUAACUCAAAACUUUAAAUCAUCUUUUCUCAAUACUAUGAUUUUAAAAACGC